AUGGCCGACUACCUUCUCCGAAGAGACCUUCCCACUCCUCGCCGUGCUCCUGUGACGGUGGUGUGCAAUGAAACAGUAUGCGACUGCGGAGGCAUAAAAGGUAACCCUGGAGACCCUGGGCCACCAGGCUUUCCUGGUUUACCUGGGGAAUAUGGCGAUGAUGGCCAAGAAGGCCGUAUGGGCAGAGCAGGUGAAAUCGGCAGUGAGGGUGAUAUUGGAGAUUAUGGCGAUAAAGGAGAGAGGGGUUUAGAUGGACACUAUGGACCUAGAGGUUUUCCUGGCGUUCAGGGCCCACAAGGAUUACAAGGUAUUUCGGGAACCAUGGGUUUAGAUGGCUGCAGUGGUAUUGAUGGUGUGAUGGGUCCACCGGGACCAGUCGGUAGGCCUGGUAAAAGAGGACUACCUGGUUCAUACGGAGAUAAAGGGUUUAAAGGAUUCCCAGGUGAUGGAGGAUCCAAUUCCAAUGGAGUGGCUGGUCAACCAGGAACACCCGGUCGCUAUGGAGAAUCUGGACGUAGAGGACAGAUUGGCUAUAGAGGAUACAGUGGAGAACGAGGUGAAGAUGGUGAUAUGGGUAUAAUAGGGUAUCGAGGCGAAGCGGGGUAUGAAGGAGACAUUGGCGAUGAUAAUAUUGGAUCGCCGGGACAAAAAGGAGAGCGUGGACUACCAGGCGAACCGGGUAGAAAAACCGAAAUUAUUUUACCAGUUAUUAAUAAUUCGACUUUAUUUACAAAAGGAGGGAAGGGGGCAAUGGGUUACAAGGGUGACGGAGGUGAUAAAGGUGAUAAGGGAAGACAGGGCUCAUUUGGUCAACCGGGUGCACCUGGUUAUGAUGGAAUAGACGGCAUUAAAGGAGAUCAAGGCGAGCAAGGACCUAGAGGAAAACCUGGCCACAGAGGUCAAUAUGGUCCCCCAGGACCAAAAGGAGCUAAAGGAGCCCCAGGUUAUGCUGGUCUGGACGGUGAUGAUGGUACUCCAGGGAGACCUGGUCCGGAUGGAUAUUCAGGCAAUCCAGGACCUCAAGGAUUUCCAGGAGCUCCGGGAAAAUAUGAUCCAACAAUAUAUGUUGAGCCAAUAAUAGGAGCUGUAGGACCACAGGGACCUCAAGGACCAAUAGGGGAAAAAGGAACACCCGGUUAUGAUGGAACUGUUGGACCUCCAGGCAUUGUAGGGGCACCUGGAUCACCUGGAAUAACAGGCAUGCCAGGAAAAAUAGGAAAACCUGGUAUUUCACCAAAAGGUGAACCAGGGAAUGAUGGGUACAAAGGAGAACCUGGACUACGUGGUCCUACAGGUUACCCUGGACCUCGGGGUAAGAUAGGUGCAAGAGGUUUGCCAGGUUAUAACGUACAUGGUCCAAAGGGAGAUGAAGGUGAACGCGGUAACAAAGGUUAUCUUGGAAUACAUGGUGAACGUGGUAGUCAAGGAUUGAUGGGUUUACCUGGAAUUCCAGGAAUAGGAGUGAAUAUUACAGGUCCACAGGGAGAUCCUGGUAGACCAGGAUCACCUGGAAUUAUCGGUUAUCCCGGAGAACCUGGUAUCCCUGGCUUCGAUGGAGUUAAGGGAUCCCGCGGCGAUGACUGCCCAUACUGUCCAUCAGGAUUACCUGGGGCGAAAGGUGUUAAAGGUGAAGAUGGAGUUAUAGGGCAAAAGGGAUACCCUGGUUAUAUUGGUUUACCGGGACCCCGGGGAUAUAAAGGCCUCGCUGGAACAGCCGGAACACCAGGAUAUAAAGGAGUAAAGGGAAUAAAAGGAUUACAAGGUGAAACAGGACCAGAAGGAGCAAAAGGAAGGGAUGGGAAGCUUAAAAUGCCACCGCUUUCACAGAUAUAUAAAGAUAAGGGAGCGCCGGGAGAUAUGGGUUUUGCGGGUAACCAGGGUUUACCCGGUAACGGAGGUUUACCGGGUGAUCGAGGUGAAGCUGGACUAAAGGGCUACAAAGGCUUGAUGGGUUAUGAUGGCCUGCCUGGUCGACAAGGAUAUGAUGGACUAAAAGGCCGAGAUGGAAUCCCUGGUAGACCUGGUGCAGAUGCUCAUAUACCAUAUGCAUUCCUUACUGGUCAAAAAGGAGUGCCUGGACGAAAAGGCGAGGCCGGCGAUACCGGCGAUCCGGGUAUACAAGGAGAACUGGGUGAUUCUUCUGCGAACUUAUUAUACGAUAAAGGCGAUAUGGGUUACCCAGGACCACCAGGACAGCAAGGAUUCCCCGGUAGAAAAGGUGGAAAAGGACUUAGAGGUUUAGAUGGGCAACCUGGAGCCAAAGGAAAAAUGGGGAACACUGGCAUAUCUAUACCGGGCGAAAAAGGGUAUAAAGGAAUGUAUGGAGUAAAGGGUGAAAUAGGACCCUAUGGAAAUCCUGGUCGGCCAGGCCAGAGGGGUCCUUCUGGGGACAAAGGUCCAAAAGGGAGAAAAGGAUUACGUGGAGAUGCUGGUCACGCUUACCUAGCAGGUGAAAUGGGUAUUGAUGGAAGUCCUGGUAAUCACGGAGAUCAAGGUGAACCAGGAUACCCAGGAAUGUCUGGACGUGAGGGUAGUAUUGGUGCAAAAGGUGAAGUAGGUCCACCCGGUGAUGACGGUCAAGAAGGACCCAAAGGUCCACCGGGACGCAAAGGAUUUCCUGGUAAUGUACAACAAGGUCCUCCUGGGCUUCCAGGACUCAAAGGAGCUCCAGGAAAUAACGGACCAUUUGGAGAUCCGGGCCCAGAUGGAUCUCAUGGCUACAAAGGCGAUGAGGGACCUAAAGGGUUGAAAGGUGAAUCUGGUCGCAACGGACUUCGAGGUCGAACGGGAGACCAAGGAAUGGAUGGUUGGAAAGGGUUUCCAGGUAAUUUUGGUACACCGGGGAUCAAUGGAGAUUCAGGUGAUAUUGGUGAUUCAGGCCGACGUGGUGAUGAUGGAGAUCCAGGUUUUACUGGUGUGAUAGGACGUCGUGGAGUCAAAGGACAGCGUGGAGAUAUUGGAGUUACAGGCGAACCUGGUUUACAUGGUCACCCUGGUAAUAAUGGAUCUAUGGGUGAAAGGGGUUUACCAGGCCAAAAAGGUCCUCGAGGUGAAGAUUCUCUUCAAGGAUUAAAAGGCGAAAAGGGAGACGACGGAAAAAUAGGUUUACAAGGUAUUCCAGGACGUCAUGGUAUACCUGGAUCAAAAGGAGCUAUGGGAAAUCCUGGAGUACGGAGAAGAGGCGUUCCAGGGGAUAAAGGUGAAAAAGGAAAUCCCGGUUAUAUAGGAAGCAAAGGUCUUAAGGGAAUAAAAGGAAAAAGAGGAGAUGCUGGUUACUUUGGAGAGAAGGGUGACAAUGGUGAAAUAGGAUAUAUAGGUUCUACAGGAUUAAUAGGAAAAACAGGAUUACCUGGGUUUAGAGGUGAAAAAGGUAAAGAAGGAUUACCUGGAUCUGUUGGUAUAAAAGGUGAAGUGGGUAUGUAUGGUGAACCAGGAUACAUGGGCAUGCCUGGUCUCCCAGGAGAUGUAGGCCCUGAUGGUUUAAGGGGCGAAAGAGGGGAUAGUGGUCCAAAAGGAAUGCCAGGCGAUAUAGGAUUUAGUUAUUCUUUCGAAGCAACUAAAGGUGAUAUGGGUAAUAUUGGAUAUUAUGGAGCACCUGGAUUUCAAGGAGAUACUGGGGAACCAGGAUUUUCUGAAAUAAAAGGUCUAAAGGGAGAGCGUGGGGACAUUGGUAAAAAAGGAUUGGAUGGUGAUAUGGGGCUACAAGGAAUAAAGGGACCAAAAGGCGACCAGGGACCUCCAGGAAUUUCUGGCUUAAAUCAAUUAAUAUGUGAUAUUUGUAAACCUGGUGAACCUGGAGUUGACGGUCUACCCGGAUGGGCAGGGCCUAUGGGGCAAAAGGGUGCUCCUGGUGAAUUUGGUAUUGAUGGACCUAAGGGUAAACGAGGACACCCAGGAUUAUCGUUUGAGGGACAGAAGGGAAUUAAAGGUGUAAGAGGAAAUCCUGGCAAAAAAGGUUUACCUGGACGUGUCGGCAUGCCGGGUCUCCAAGGUACCCCAGGAUUAAAAGGCAGUAGAGGUGAUACAGGUGAACAAGGAUUAGCUAUAAGUCGUAAAGGCGAACAAGGUCAAUUCGGAGAAAAAGGUGCCCAAGGUUUUAUCGGUGAUAAUGGAGAAACGGGUGAUUUUGGUGUUAAUGGUUAUAGAGGACCAACUGGAUUAACUGGUCUAAAAGGGUUCCCAGGCGAUGAAGGCAUAGAAGGAAUUUCUGGAAUGUCUGGCAUCAAGGGUAGAAAGGGAGAUCUAGGUGAGAUCCUAAUUCCACCACCAGGCCCACGGGGGGAUCCGGGGGAUAUUGGAUCUAUAGGUUUUCAAGGCACUUCUGGAAUCCCAGGCAAUCCUGGACGAAACGGCAUUAACGGCAGCAAAGGAGAACGAGGUAAUCCCGGUUUACCUGGUCCUAUCGGAUCUACUGGUUCGGAAGGGUAUGAAGGCAGAAAAGGUGUGGUAGGUUUAAAAGGCUUUCAAGGGCAACGUGGUGAUAGCGGGCCACCUGGUAGUCCUGCCCUACGACCUCAUCCUAAAUCCAGAGGUUUCUUUUUUACAGUUCAUUCACAGACGGAAAUGAUUCCCCAAUGCCCAGAUGGCACUUCUGCUCUGUGGGAUGGUUUCUCGCUUAUACAUAUUGUCGCCAAUGCCAAAGCACAUGGACAAGAUUUAGGCGCUCCCGGAAGCUGUCUGCGAAAAUUUUCAACAAUGCCUUAUAUGUUUUGUAAUAGAGUUCAAUUUAUGGAUAAAUGUGAAUUUGCUCAAAGAGAAGAUUACAGUUUUUGGUUAUCAACUAAUGAACCUAUGCCAAUGUCUAUGACUCCUAUACAAGCUAGAGACGUCGGGAUGUACAUAUCUCGUUGUCAAGUUUGUGAAACGCCAACACGAGCUAUUGCCAUACACAGUCAAAGUACGGAGAUACCAAACUGUCCUAAUGGUUGGGACCAAUUAUGGAUGGGAUACAGUUUCCUUAUGCAUAUGGCCGGUUCAGAUGCAGCUGGACAAAACUUGGCGUCGCCCGGAUCUUGUUUAAGGGAUUUCCGUACGAGGCCCUUCAUUGAAUGCAAUGGACUAGGGCGAUGCAACUACUUUUCUACUGCCAUUUCAUUUUGGCUCUCAACUAUCGAUGACAAUAGAAUGUUUACAAAGCCCGAACAACAAACAUUAAAAACCAAUCAGGUUUCUAAAAUCAGUAGAUGCGCAGUUUGCAUGAGAAAGACACAUACAUCAUUGAAUCCGACGUACGUACGGCCAGCCUCGGUGGGAUCGAUACCAAACGCUAUAUAUAAACGACCGAGAUACCCAACGCACAGACGCUUCCGAACCUACACAGGUCGAAAAAGAUAUAUUCAAAAGAGGAAACCGUGAACAAGAUUUCAAAAAUAUAUAAGUACGUACUUCGAUCGAGCUUUUCUAAUUGCUACGGCAACAUUUUUAGUUAAAAACAUAAAAAAUAAAUAUUAUGUUUUGAUAAAAAAUACGUGAUAGUUAGGUAUAUCAUAAGUGUUAUACGUUACUUUAUUGCAAAUGUAUACACAUUGAAAUUAAGUUUGUAAACUACUUAACACUGCCAGUUUAAUAAUGAAUUAUAUUAUUAUUGUUAAAUUAAUUUAGAGUGAAUAAAUGUAAAGAUAAGUAGGUAAGUUAAAUGACGAAUGGUUUAUGUAGGUAUUUUAUAAUUAUUGGUACAACGAAUUAUGCAGACAUAUAUUUUCAAUUUGUUCUUUCGAUCUUUUUACCAAUUAAUAUAAUCUUAAAAUUCAUCAAUAGACAAAGACUUUGUAUCUCAUAACAAUUUUCUUAAUUAUUUAGUAAUUAUUAAGUAAUAACAGAAUUGGUUUAUUACUAUACACAACUAGUAAAAAAUGCUGUGUACCUAUUUAUAACUAUAUAUAUUUUUCUUAAGCACCUAGGGGCUAUUCAUACAUUACGUCAUAAGUAUUCAUGAUUUUUGACUCCUCUUGUCCUCGUUCUUGGUGAUUACUCCUCCCUCUUGGUGUGACAUAUCAUUUAUUUUACAGUUUUACAAUUAUAAACGAUUAAAUUAAACAAAAAUCGAUAACUGUAAAAAUAGAUGGAUAUCCAUUUAAAAUAUUUGUUCAUUUAGAUUUUAAAAUAUGACUACGAAAUGAUCCCUCCCACCCCUCGUACACAUAGUACCAAACUUUAUAGACGUAAUUUAUGAAAGACACCUUGGUCUAAAUAUUUAUUCAAAUGUAAGUAGGUAAGCUCUAGUCGUUACAUAAGCAUUGAUUAAGUAUCGAUGCUGAAUAUUUAUUUACUCAUUAUAAAUGAAGAACCUAAUUAGUAACUACAUCUCCAACAAUAAACAAUAUUAGUAACAAUAUGAAAUAUUUGUAAAUACACAGUAAAUAAAGAUUAUUUUUUACAUUCAA